CCAUCACCACAACCGCAGCCAAUAGGGUGUCCCGACAUUGACUGAGAAGAAACGAGCCGCUGUCGCGGUCCCGGAAGCAGCGCGGUUUGUCGCGGUGGGGCACCCGAGGAAGGCAUGGCGCAGCACACGCAGGAGGCGCAGCAGCAGCCGCAAACCAAAUCCGCCAUCGUGGUCGCGGAGGACAAGGCAGAGCGCAAGAAGGAUCACCUGCGUGUGCUGGUGACCAACGCCACCAACCCGAUGGCGCACACCGUCGCGACAGCCGUGGCUCAGGGCUACGUGUUCGGCUACGACCAGCCCAUCAUUCUCCACCUCCUGGACGCCAAGGGCACAAUGGGCAUGCUCGAGGGUCUCGUGCUCGAGCUGCUGGACUGCACUUAUCCGCUUCUGAGGCAGGUCCUGAUGACGACCGUGGAUGACUCGGCCUUCACAGGCAUCGACGCCGCCUUCCUGCUGUACGAGGCUCAAGACGCGCCCGCCAGUCAAGGGGUCCAGCUUUUCCGUCGCUAUGGCGCCGCCCUCGAGAAGUACGCCAAGAAGUCUGUCAAGGUGGCCGUCUGCGGCUGCCAGGUUGAAAUCAACGCAUACGCCUGCAUCCAAAGUGCGCCCUCCGUAGACAGCCGCAACAUCACUGCGCUCACAAGGCUCGAGCACAACCAGGCGCUCGCCCAGAUCGCAUCUAAGCUUGCCGUGGCGCCGAACAAGGUCCGCAACGUCAUCGUCUGGGGAGGUCGCGGCCGAGUGCCGGACGCCUACAACGCCCUCUUCCUGCACCGAGACGCCCUGCUCCCGGUCACCGAGACCCUCAAGGACGAGACGUACCUAAGCGGCGAGUUCAUCGAAAUCGUCAACAACCGCGCCCGCGAAGUGCACAACGCACGCUCCAAGUACCCGUCCCUCUCCAAGGGCAAGGCGGCCUGCGACCACAUGCGCGACUGGUGGCAGGGCACUCCUGAAGGCACGUGGGUCUCCAUGGGCGUGGUCAGCAACGGUGCGUACGGCGUGCCCAAAGGAAUCGUCUACAGCUUUCCCGUCCGCAUCGAGAACAAGGAAUGGCAGAUCGUCGAAGGCAUCGCUGUGAACCCGAACGUCAAGGAGCGCAUCGACCAGUCCGCCCAGCUCACGAUGAACGAGAUCCAGAGCGCGGUGAAGGCAGAGGUCGCCGCCUAGCCACGAAGACAACUCGUCGGAGCACCGCCCACUGCUUUGGUAUCAUCGCCACCAAAUACGAAAGUCGAAACGGC